AUGAGUCCCCGAAUGGUAAUUAAUGAGCUACAAUUUGGCCUCGCAGCUGCAGAUGAGCACUUUAAUGCUCCAGAUGCCGAGACAUGGUUCAUGUGCACUCAAGCUGCGGCACAGAGGUCACUGGCGUGCAGCCAAAUCACGCUGUCUCAGUCCAUUACCGUGAUUAUGAGUGAGGACUUUGGAACUAGUCGAUGGGAUGUCUUUGAGACAAUGAGCCCAUUGAAUUUGUUUGCUAUUGCUAGUGAAUGGACCAGACCCAAGGUCAAGAUCCUUGGCUAUCACACGAGGGCUAAGAAAUUGGUUUCGGGUCUGGUCCAGUCAUAA